AUUCCACAGGCAGUUGGCAUUCUGUACAACGCUGAACAUCCGAGAGGGGUCCCCUUACCAGUACUUCGUCAGCGUCGAACCACCGAGUAACGACAAGACAAUGGCGAUGCUCGACGUAGCAAAGCAUUUCCAGUGGACGUACGUCUCUGCCGUCUACACGGAAGGCAACGGUGUCUACGGGCUGGCCAUGGUCCAAGCCUUCAGGGCGAAAGCUUGGCAGAAAUCCAUCUGUGUUGCUACCAUUCAGCCAGUGCCGGCACAGGCUCGGUCUCAAGACUACGACGCGGUCCUCGAAAGGCUCCUGGAGAAGACGAAGGCAACAGCUGUUGUCUGCUUUUGCGAAACGCAGAACGUCCUGGGACUUCUGGCAGCCUUCAAAAGACACAAUGCUACGGGACUUUUCACCCUACUGAUAAGUGACAGAUGGGGUACGAGUCCAUCCAUGUUUCAAGGUUUGGAAAAGGAAGCCGCUGGUAGUAUCGUCGUCCGAGUUCACGCCACAGUGCUUCCUAACUUCGACAGCUACUUCACGGCCCUCAACCCCGACAACAACAUCAGGAACCCGUGGUUUGUAGAGUUCUGGGAGACGCACUUCCGGUGCAGUUUCACGCACAAGUCGAACCGAUGGCAGCGGUACGACAAGAAGUGCACAGCAAAAGAGGACCUGCGUAAAAACUACCACCAAGUCCAGGAACUGGACCAGGUUCAGAAGGCUAUCUACCUCGUCGCGUACGCUCUGGACAGCAUGCUUCACAUUCACUGCGGCAAGAACAGCACGGAUCGUGACUGUCUGACCACGAUGCACGUCAACUCAUCGCAGUUCCUGGAGUACCUUCACAAUACCAGCUUCACUUGGAACAAUGACACUGUCAAAGCAGGAACUCACGCGGGAGACCCUGCCUUAUACGACAUCUUGAAUUAUCGGCCGACCAAGAACUCCGUCGGAGACUACGUGAAGAUAGGCCAGUGGCAAGGUGGAAAGCUGACCAUGCUCGAUAAGCCGAUGGGACAGAACGGGAAGAAACCACCGGUGUCUAUUUGCAGCCUGCCUUGCGGUAGAGGAGAGGUCAAGGCGCCCAUAUACGCAACAAGUAUAAGCUGCUGCUGGCAAUGCGUUCGCUGCAGUGACAACCACUACACACAGAAUGAAUACAUCUGUGAAGAGUGCCCUCGAGGAUAUCGACCUCGUAGUGAUCUCUCCGGCUGCGAAAUGAUACCGGCUCAAGCCCGCAGCUUGGGCGACCCUUCCUCAAUCAUCUGCAUCACCGUGAACCUCACCGUCGGCGCCAUCACCGUCUUCGUCAUCGUCGUAUUCUUCAUCAACUUGAACACCCCCAUCGUGAAGGCGUCGUCGCGCGAAGUAUCCUUCGUCAUACUGUUCAGCAUCGUUCUCAGCAACCUGUGUACCUUCAUCAUCGUGGCCAAGCCCUCUCCCAUCAUCUGCGGUGCCGAACGUGUCUUUCCCUCCAUCUUCCUUACCAUGAUCCACGCCGCCAUUCUGACGAAGACGAAUCGAAUCGCGCGAAUUCUCGCCGUGCGCGAACCCGCGCUUCUCAUCAAGAAACGUCGGUUCAUGAGCACGAAGGCCCUGCUGAUAGCCACUGCUCUGUUCACUUUAACGCAAGCUAUCAUAUCGGUCGUGAUGCUCAUCCUGGAGCCCCCGAACACGACCUUGUUCUAUCCCGCCAAGGACCGCGUACUUUUGAUUUGCGACACCUCGGAUCUGUCGCGCUUUGCGGGUCUCGGUUUCGAUUUCGUCGUCAUUUUGCUCUGCACCGUCUACGCGAUCAAAACGCGCAACGUUCCGGCGAGCUUCAACGAGGCCAAGAUGAUCGGCUUUUCGAUGUACGCGACGGUGAUCAUCUGGAUAGCGUACGUUGCCGUUCGACAGGGCAAUCUGGAGAACAGGGAGCUGGCGCUGUGCACGGCGUUAGGCCUGUCCGGUCUGGCCGUCCUGAUACCGAUUUUCGCGCCUAAGGUGUACGUCAUGCUGUUCAGACCAGAUAAAAAUGAGAGGUCUUUGUUCCACACGUUUAAGUGUCCGAUUGGGGUGGUGAGUACGGUGUCGAACGGAUCCAUUAUGUCCUCCACAGGGAUGUACGGGCAUACUUGCCAGGAAUGUAUCGAUAAUCCGCUGAGCGCGGUGCAUUGUAAAAAGUUGUGCAUGUUUGGUACAAAGGAUGCGCAAUAAAGACGUUUUCUGUCAA